UAUAAAUGUGCGCGUACGUAAAUAUUUAAAAAAUCGAUUUAAAAAUUCGUUCGUGUAAUGACCGUACUGUAAAUAAUGUGAGGCGUUUAUGGCUUUUUUUUAAAGGAAUGUGAAAUGACAAGUAGCAUGUUAUUGCAUCUAUAUGUACAUCUUCUCUUGAGAAGUUCAAUAAUGUUGAAACAAAUUUUUAGAGAUAUGUAAAUUGCGAUUACAUUCUCGACUAUAUAAAUGAGAUGAAAAAGAGAUAUGAAAAAUGGUAAAAAAGUAAAUAUUCGCCGGGUGGUGAAUGGCGAGAGCCGUCCCUGAGCAACAAUGCGCAAUUGCGAUGCGCAGUGGUACUACGGCGUCCGGGUGUCAGUCAACUCAGUGACGUCUCACAAUGUGCGUCGUAUGGUGAAUUCGUUGUGCCGGUAUUUACGAAACCGAAGACGAAAUAAUAAAUUUACGUGUACUUAAAUACACGAGGGAUCCAGUCGUGCGAUCACGAUAAUAAUUCGAGGAACAAACUGAAUCGAGAGUCGAACGGGUUCGGUUGAGACGAAAUCGAAUAUAUGGGAGUUGCAUUGAGGCGUCACUUGCGAAUUAGAUCGAGGAAAAAUGUAAAGUUGAUUUUACCGUGCAGUCGAUGGACGAAGGAUAAUCGGAACGAGAGGGAAGAUAUAAAAUGCUUCACCCGAGCGAAUGUGAUUCGAUUUGAGAGAAGUGGAUGCACCGUUCUGGUGCAACGAAUGAAUCUGGAAAGAGCCGCCAUCGAAACAAAAUUUCUGGUUUUUUCGUAGGGAGCAAACGGUGAAUUGCCGCGCGAAUUGUUGUUACUGGACGGAGGCGUGUAAUAUUGAACUAGGCGUGGAAGGAAAGAGAGAUUGCACGAAAUAAAAUCGAAAGCGUAGUAGAAUUUAAAACGAUCGAGGGAAUCAUAAGAAGAACGAGAAGCGCGAUCGCAAAUUAGAGAGCAAAAAUAGGCAGACAGAUUGAUAGACAGACAGACAGGCAGGCAGGCAAAUAGACGUAUAGAGAUAGGUAGAUGAAUAGAUAAACAGAUCGAUGAAUACAUAGACAGAUAAAGAGGAGAAAGGCAGAAAAAGAGAGAGAGAAAGAGAAUCGGAGGAGAGUAGUCGAUCAGACGGACACGGUCGGUCGUCGGAUAGCGAGAAGUAGAAAGAAGCGCGCGCCCGCUACGACGAGUUUCUCGUCGUGAAUAGUCGCGAGGAGUCGCGAGGAUGGAGGACGAGCUACGAUGUCCUUGUUGCAAGGAGCUGUUCGUCGAACCGGUAUUACUACCGUGCUGGCAUGCCCUUUGUCUGGCGUGCGCGGUGAAUUUGCAAGCACCGCCGGACUCACCUCCGGAGUCGACGACCGAUUCAUCGAACGCGCCGGGAUCCGACCAGGAAGCGGACAAACUCUCGAUCCUUUCCGAGACGGAUUCCGGGGUGGUGUGCAGCAGCACGUCCACCAGUUCGCGGCCAGGAAGCUAUGUCGGCACACCUGGGAACGGCGGCUUCCCACCGUCAGGAGGCACUUUGUGCCUCUCGUGCCCCGUUUGCCAAAAAACCGUUUACUUCGACGAAGGUGGAGCCCACAAUCUGCCAAAGUACAGGGCGAUGCAGCGUAUCGUCGAGAAGUAUCAGGAAUCGCGAAACACGAGGCUGCAGUGUCAAAUGUGCGAGGCUGAACCUCGGGACGCGACCGUCGCCUGCGAGCAGUGCGAGGUGCUGUAUUGCGACGGAUGCAGAGAAUCGUGUCAUCCGAAAAGGGGACCUCUGGCAACGCACAAUCUGGGCCCGCCUCGGGGCAGCUGGCAAUCGAACGGUGGUGGCAAAGGUGCUCGCGGACCUGCCGCGGAAACUACGCCGCUGUGUACCGAUCACAACGGCGAGCCGUUGACUCUUUAUUGCGCUCUUUGCAAGAUCGCGAUAUGCGCACACUGUCUUCGAGAUCGUCACGCAGCCCAUCCCCAUGAUGUUCUACCGUUAGCCGCUGCCUGCAAGGCUCAAAAGACGGAGCUCUCGCAAAAUCUGCAACAGCUGUCGGAAAGAGCUCGUUCGACGACAGAAUUCAUUCAGAGGCUCAAAGGAAUGACGGACAAAGUGCACGAGGAGUGCGUUGCAUUAGAGGAAGAGGUAGAGGAUAGGGUGGCGAAUCUGGUGAGUCUUUUGCAGGCGAGGAAAUCUCGGCUAAUCGAAGCAGCCCGGCAAACCAGAGAGGCGAGGGUGCGUUCUUUGCGGGACCAAGUAGCCAGAUGCGCGUCUCAUCUACAGGCGACCACGGCGCUUCUCACUUUCUGCAUCGAAGCUCUGAAGGAGAACGAUAGUGCAGCUUUCCUCCAAAUCGGCGGCAUGCUCUCGGUUAGAGCUGCUACUGCUGCUGGUUCUUGGGGCGGCGCAGAGGGUGUUCAAGAAAUUGCUCGGCUACCGUUGCUCGAUCUUACUCUGGAUGACAAACCGUUACGUCGUGCUAUCGAUCAACUUACAUUUGUUCAGUUGAAACCAUCGGAAGGAGAAGAACGAUUCCCGAUUGCAGCCCCCGGAGCGCCGAUAUUGAUACCGGAAGAGUGCAGCGCGGAGAACAACAGCGUGACAGUCGCUUGGCAACCUCCACCUGGACACGGAAUCGUUGGGUGUGCCGGUCAACGAGGUCCCGCCAUCGAAGGGUAUUUACUGGAACUGGAUGAUGGGUGCGGUGGCGAGUUCAGGGAAGUGUACUGCGGCCGAGAGACGAUCUGCACCGUGGACGGAUUGCAUUUCAAUUCUCUCUACAAUGCCAGAGUGAGGGCAUUUAACAGCGCCGGAGAAGGCGAAUACUCGGAGUUGAUCGGGCUUCAGACUGCCGAGGUGGCGUGGUUCUCGUGGGCAACCGGGGCGUCCGGUAUACCACAGGAGGUAUCAAUUUCCGAGGACGCGAUGAGCGCAUCCUGCGAGGGUUACGAGCACCGAGUCGUCCUAUCGAGCGUCGGAUUUUCACGGGGCGUUCAUUAUUGGGAGCUGACGAUCGAUCGUUAUCACAGCGACACAGAUCCAGCGUUUGGUAUAGCCAGGGCCGAAGUAUCGCGGGAUCGAAUGCUCGGCAAGGACGACAAAGGUUGGAGCAUGUACAUAGAUCGGCAGCGUUCUUGGUUCAUGCACGGCGGAGGGCACGCGCAAAGAACCGAAGGUGGCGUGCAACAGGGCUCGACGGUGGGCGUUCUCUUGGAUCUGGACACCACGCACACGCUUCGUUUCUUCGUCAACGAUCAGCCGCAAGGGGGAAUCGCGUUUCGCGAUCUGUACGGCGUGUUCUAUCCGGCUGUUAGCUUGAACCGCGGGGUGACUGUCACCUUGCACACGGCGUUGGACGUGCCUCGUCAUCUGUUAGCGUUGCACGAGGAAUACAUGACGGACACGAUUCAAAGCUAGGGGUACCUAACUGUCCUGAAGAAGGGCCUUUUGCAGGAAGUCGGCUCGCUCGGUUCCGCCUCGGCUCCGACCGACAAAUCGUCCAGGGAAUUUAACGGUCAGCUCGAGAAGAUCGUCGAGGAGAAUCUCGGUGAUACCAACUGACGAUCUGAAUCACUGGCCAACGACGACGACGACUCGACGUUUGUUACAACUUUCUCAUACUUAAUUUUAGUUCUUAUUCUGCAGAUCUCAAAGAGUGGCUCAGUAUUUUUUUUUUUUUUUUUGGUAAACUUUGUUUUCACUGCUGCUCGAUGUUCGGCGAUACUAUUUUGAUAAGGAAUCGAACGAAACUGUUAAUAUUUAGAAGCAAAGGUUGUUUAUUGUGACCUUUGAACUUUUCGAUAUCUUUUCUGUUUCAAGUUAACUUGAGACUUGAGAGGUUUUGAUUGAAAGCAGAAUAGAUAUAGAGGAGAAAAUAAAAUGGUGAUUUUUAUAUAUGUAAUUCUCAAUUUUAAGGGAAGCUCUAUCUUUCUAAAUUCUUUUCCAUUUCUUUCGUAUACGAAUGGAAUUCAUGUUUCAAUUUUAUAUGUAUUGAAAGUUUUAUUCUUACAAUCGAUGAAAACCUGUCAAUAUUUGAAACUCUUGCGUUGUGAAGAAAAGAAUCAUACAACAAAUGUUAAGGCAUCGUUGUAAAGAGGAGGUUCUAAUCUUUGAGAUGGUGAUAGAUUUAACUAUGAAAAAGAAACUUCUCAGUGUCCGUAAAGACGUUCUUCUGUUCUUCGAGGAAUUAAAUUUAAAUGAAAAAUGAUUUUCUUGAAACAGAAAAGAUAACAUUGCACAACUAAUAACAUAUUUCAGAGCUAAUUGAAAACUUCAACAGUUUCAUGUUCGAUCUCUCAUUUUGAUCAUUGUAUUUGCGCAACGACGUUUUUUUCUCUGACAAAGUUGACACUGCCAAUCUUUUUUGAUAAAUUUUACAAUUUUUGUAAGUACAUUUAGACGACCUGCCGAACGAUUCGAAAUAUCCAUUUUUCCUUUUUCUAUCGCGCGAACAUGGACGAUAAUAAUUCGUUCGGCGCGCGGAAUUUUCACACGCAAGAUCACUGCCAGUAGCGAGAUUUGUCGAAUCGGAGACCGCCGGUUCUCGACGAAGUAGGUAAGUCGAAAAAUAUUUUUUUUUUUCGCCUGACGAUCGUCAGCCCGGUCGUAUUCUUAUCCAUAUCGAUACGUAUAAGUGUAGUAGUCGCGUGUAGGCGUAAGGUAAGCUCCAUGGAUAUUUAGUAAGACGCAUUGCAAGGAAGCAGAAAGGAAAGGAAGAGAGUAGAAGGACGGAAGGAAGGAAUGAACGAAGAGAGAAAAUGAGAAGUGAAGCAAGUAAAGCAGAACACGCUACGAGCAAGCAAGCAAGCACACAUGCGCACAAACUCGUACGCUUGUAACGAAAAGUAACGUGUCGAAUAAACGAUUUUCUAGUCCCUCACCCCGAUAGAAGUUCUCGUCUACUUCUUUUCGCGUUCGGUUCUGUCGCGCCCAUUUUUUAUUCUUUUUUUUUUUCUCUCCAAGUUGUUUGCUUUAAUCGCGCUAUUUUUCAUUGUUGUUAACCAACGUCGUUCUCUCCCUCCCCCCUUUUUUUUCUUUUUUCGUACCAUUUUUUUUUUUUUUUUUUGUUUCUCUUUUGUACGUAGAAAUAUGCGAGCGAGCGUCUCUCAGCUUCGUUCGAAGCGAAAGCUACGAGAGCUAUUCGAAUAUAAGCUUAUUUAAAAUAGAUGUUGCAGCGCACACUCGUGAAACUGUUUCUCCCAGCCAGCGUGGAGGAUCAAGAUCGGCGUUGUACAUAUUUGUAUAUACGUAUUCCGAUUGUAUUUCCGAUCAAUUUGCCAACUUGUAUUUACAAUCCUAUCCGAUCAAUAAAACACGCUAGAAACUGA